CACUCUGUUGCUUUUCUUUUCUGCCAAGCAUCGUACUUGUUUCCUUUUCAAGGAAAAGAACAGAACAUAGACACAAUGAAACACUGUUGUCUUGUAGUGUUCAGUGUCAUGUAUUUAAGCUAAGAGAUGGAAUGAGAAACACAAGCCUCUAGGGUAUCACUUCAUCUAAACAUUUUGUUAUGGUAUCAAAACCACUAACCUAGCUCUUGUGCCGCCUCCAUGGAUGGACAACCCUCCACGAAUGAAGCUAAUCUCAAAAAAUGAAGUGAACACAAAGCACCCUCAGCCACAGCACCAGCUACCUCCCAACGUUUACCAGAUGGAGGAUCCAUUCUACCUCCAUGGUUCUGAGCAGUCUAGUGUCCUUGUUGCUGAGAAACUCACCACCACAAUUUACAAUGACUGGAGAAGGGCUAUGACAAAUGCCUUGGCUGCAGCAAACAAGUUUGGCUUUGUUACUGGUACUCUUCUUAUGCCAGAUGACUCCGAUCCUCUCUAAAGCUCCUGGAAACGCAACAAUGUCAUGAUUCUGAGCUAGAUCCAGCAAGUUGUUGUUCUAGAGAUUAGGAAGACCAUUCUCUCCAUCAAGACUGCUUCUGAUGCUUGGCGUAGCCUGCAGAUCAGAUAUGGUGCUUGAGAUAUAAUCAGGGUUGCUGAGUUAGAAGAAGCACUUUCAAAUCUAAUGCAAGGUAACCAAACCAUUACUGAGUACUAUGGUCAUGUUAUUACACUAAAAGAUGAGUAGAUAAUUACAAGCCAAUCUUCCCCUUUGAUUGUACUCCUACAAGCUAUGUCGACUGUCGAGCUAUGAAGAAAGUCCUUGAGUAUCAUGAUACUAACUAUGUGAUUAAGUUUCUAAGGAGCUUGAAUGAAAACUUUGCUUCAGU